AUGAGUGCUGCUGUCGAGAUCAGGCCUCAGAACAGAGCUCCCCCUUGCAAGGUACCCUCAGGUCCUCCGGUGUCCGCACCCCCGCCCCCACCGCCGCCGCCGAGCAUUCAACCCGCUCCGAGAAUGACGCGGACCUCGAGCUGCUUUGAGCUGCUUCCCAAGCCCAUGUCUCGACUCCGAACCGUCAAUUGGAGCAAGAUCCCCGAGAACGUAGUCUGGACAAGCGGUGACUCGAACAUUUGGAAGGAAAUCCUCGACAAUCCAAAUCUUCAAGACGAAUUCGCUCACUUGGACCUGCAGGGGCUCGAACAGCUGUUCGCCCCGCGGAAAAUCCUCCGCAAGCAGGAGCUCGUGGAUGCUCGCUCCCCUUAUCUCUUGAAGGUCUCGCUAUUGGAUAAAUCGAGAGCGAUGCAGAUCGGUGUCGGCCUCCGGAGUUUGAAAAUAAAUUCCACAGUUCUACUGGAGCAUUUGAGGGAGUUCAAGGUCCCGAGGAAAUUAGUCGAGGGCUCGAAAGGAAAAGUGGCGAGGAAGUUCGAUGAGUUGGACCUUAGAACUUUGGAGGAUAUUAUGCCCACAGAUGAAGAGGUCCAAAGAUUGAAAGGUUUUACGGGCGCUGAGGAAGCUCUUUCGCCCGAAGAACGAUUCUGUUUGGAUAUCUCGCGCUUCCAGGAUUCCAGAAUCCACUUGGAAGCUCUAACCCUACACGAAUCAUUCGACCCCUUCACCGAAAGCCUGCGAAAGAAAUUGGAUUCUUUCACAAUGAGUGCGAAGUGGUUGAUGGAGUCCUCCUACCUGGCAGACUUCAUGAAGCGAUGUCUAGUCGCAGGGAAUUUCCUGAACAGCGGCAGUUACGCGGGGAACGCACCGGGAUUCCGGAUGAAGGACCUCUCGACGAUUGCCGAAUGCAAGUCCAAUCAAGCGGAUUUCACUCUAUUGGACUUUGUUGUGCGGGGUCUUGCGGAGCAUGACCGAGCGGGUUUAUUGCUCUUCCAUCGGGAAUUAUCUCAGAUCGAUGCUGCGAGACGGGUUUCUCUCGACGACGUGAGGGAGGACAUCGCGAGCUUCAGAGCGAGACUUCGUCGAGUGAAAAACGCGUUUGAAAAAAACGCUCCUGGUCUCCGGAUUCACAUGUCGGAUUUCGUAGAGAGCGCCGAGAGGAAACUGGAAACUUUCAGCGAGAGUCUGACUGCCGCGCAAGAUCUCACCGCGAAACUCGCGGCCUGGUUCUGUGAGGACCCGAAGACUUUUGAUGUGGAGGAAUGUUUCUCAGUUUUUCAUGCUUUGUGCCAAAAGCUCUCAGCCAGCAUCCAGCUCUUGAAUAAAAGCAAGGUCCCUCACCUAGUUCGUCCAUAUCAAGCUCUGACCACUAGAAUGAAACUCGUCCUAUUAUUGUUCGCCAUUUCCGCCAGAGCUGGCGGAGAUACUUUUUUUCCCGACCUCGAGGAAGAGAAGGCUGUCGUCAAAGACAAAGACUUCACUGCUUAUGCCAAGCUUCAUGGCAUGAACUUGAGCAUACAUGACGUCGUCACGCCCGACGGGUGGAUCCUGGAAGUUUGGAGGGUUCGGAACAUGGAGAUUUUCGACCCAGAAGUCUCGACACCAGUGAUCCUCGGUCACGGAUUCCUCGGAACUGCUUUCGAUUUCCUCUGGAACCUGCGAAACGAGAGCGCUGCGUUCAUCCUAGCGGACAACGGCUACGAUGUAUGGCUGCCUAAUUGGCGAGGGACCCACUUCAGCGAUCGUAUAUUGGAUGAAGGAAGACGGAGGAAGCCCACGGCUGAAGAGUACUAUCGCGGCGGUUGGCAGUACAUGGCCGAAUUCGAUUUCCCCUCUGUAAUCGAAGAAGUUCUCAGCACCACUGAGCAGUCCAAAAUUUACGUUGCUGGCCAUUCCAUGGGCGGAACGCUCAUGUCUGCUUUCCUCUGCACCAAUCAUACCUAUGACAGCCAGAUUUCUCACUUCGCGGCUUUGGCGCCAGUUAUGAGGUUCGGCUUCGACACUCCACCCCUUGUGCUCGCGGCCACCCUGAUUGUUCCUGUCAUCGGUCCCUUAUUGCCAACGUUCCUCUUCAAAUUGAUCUUAGGCAGACAGCUCUUUGCCUAUCCUGACGAGGACCUCAUAGCUCGCGCGAGAUCGGUGGUGUGCACGGUAGUUCCAGUCAUCUGUCACGCAAUCGUUUUCAUCGCAACAAGACGGGACGUGCAAACGCUGCGUUUCAUUGACCCUCAUAUGAACACGACCCGGAUAGACAUCUACGAGGCUGAAGAGCUGGGCGGGAUCGGUUUGAUUUCGGGUGUCGACUUCGUUCAGCAAAAAAGGGACGUCAUCUGGAGCGCAUUGGAUUGGUCCUCAACCUACCGCCAACCCGGAUUCACCAAUCAGGAAGAAUACGGAAGCGAAACGCCGACGCAAUACGAUUUCGCAGAUAUUGACGUUCCCGUCUCGAUGUUCUACGUGUACAAUGAUCCUUUCAACGGCCCUUCGUCCGCCCAAGGCGUAAUCGAUACGGUGCAGCCGACAUUCUCCAAAUUCAUCGACGGGAAUCGUCUGAGCCAUAAUGACAUUGUCUUGGCAUUCGACAGCCGCUGUUACAUCCUCGACGACGUGCUGGUUACGUUCGGCAAUCUGGAAAACGAGAUGGACGAAGCGCACAGGUCCUAUCGUUCCAGAGUCGAAAAUCAUUUGAGAGGGCUACCCUAUGAGAACGGCUGUGUUGGUAAAAGCAGCUGA